GACAAAAGAGGACACAGAAGGGAUCCACGAUGGCUGCAACAAUCGAUAUUAUUAAUACCAGUAGAAUUGAAGAGGAGGACGAGGAGGACGAGUAUGAGGACGAGUAUGGCGGAGCUUUCCGUAGUGUGAGUGCAGAUAUUGUGGAAAAGAAAGGGGCUGAAGUCAAAAAGAUUGGACACAUUUAUGCCACGGUGGUUGAUCGCUCACUGAUGAGGGGACGGUUCCUCACAACCAUGGACGAGAAGAGUGCUUCCCUUCAGCAAAUUGGUAUUGCUAUAUUUGAACCCAAGAAUGGUCAGACUAGACUCCAAUCACUGGCUGCCACAGAUGAUAAAGACAGCAUCUUGGUGAUUGACAAGUUGCAUGUUGAUGAUGACUACAAAAAGGAUGGUGCUUCCGACGUUGGGGCAACUGCUAUUCGAAAGUUUUUGUCUUUACCAGAAGUGAUAGAGGAUGUUUCCUGUGCCGUCUAUGAAGUAGAUCCUAGAGAGGCUAUGACAAAGGAGGAACUGACUGCCAAGGAGGAAAAAGAUGCAGAGGAGCGCCAUGGCAUGUGGAUGGGUGGACCAUCAAAGGCACCAGAUACUGCCGAAAGCAUCAAAAAGGAAGAAGAAGAGCAGUGUCAGUGGCAGGCAUUUCAGCAUGCAGAUGCAAAUCAAUUCUUGAGGGUUGGAUUCUUUCAAGACCGGGCAUUGGCGAAGAGUGGCCAUGGAAACUUUUUGGUGGCAACCCAUGCCCACUGGUGCCGUGAUAUGCUGUCGCAUGAGCAAGCCAAGGCCAUCGCAUUCUUCAAACCAGCCAAACAAAAUCCCAAGCCAACUGGAAAGGACUCUGAGCUGCAAAAAGCUGUGAUAGAUGGCGGGGCCGACAUGGAAAAAACUGUGAAGUCGAUUGUUGAACAGGGUGGAUCUAUUGCUCGAUCCUUUGCUCUCCACGCAGCUACUGCCACUGACAGCAAAAAGGGUGUUCUGCUAUUGUUGCGUUUGGAUCGGGAUGCUUGUCUGAACUCGAUUGAUUCAAAUGGGCAGACUCCCCUGAUGAUUGCAGCAGGAAUGAUGGCUGGAAAGUCGAAAAAGGAUGAAUCUGCUGAAGUGCUGGACAUUCUUCUGGCAGCAGGUGCGGAUAGGAGCAUCCAGAAUUCAGGAGGUAUGACAGCUUAUGGUGUUUUCCAGGCAGUGAGCAAAGAAUACCAGUUGAUGAUGGAAACAAUGACGGGAAGAAAGGCGCCUGUUCCCCUGCAAAAGCGACAAUAUCAAGAAGAGGUCACUGAAAAGUUGCUGCCUCCUGAGGGACCAAGUGCGGCCGACAAAACCGGUGGAAACAUGGAAGGAUUGGUUCAGUUUGAUGAAUAGAAAUGUCACGCUGGUUGGAUACGAGGGCCUGUAUCAUUGGCAAUUGGCAGCAUUUAUUGUUUACUUCGUACUCGAGUACUUGACAAGUGGCUGUUGCACAUUCGCAUUUGCACUUCAACAACUCACGCGACUCCACAGCGCUGCUACCGGUAUGGUGUACCGAUAUGGUUGUAGCUAUGGUACUACCGAACAUUAACAAAGCAUUAUUAUCCCCCCCCCCCCAAG